UUGUAGGUAGAUUUUUUCUCGGCAAUUUUCCACAGGUUAUGACAGAAAAUAAUUAUGCCUUCUGGAAAGGAUUAACAGCAUAUAUUAUAGUUCUCUAUUGCACAUUUUCAUGGAACUUUAUGGAUCUUUUCCUUAUUCUUGUUAGUGUAGCCCUUGUCGAUCAAUUUAAACAACUUAACCACAGGCUGCAAGCUGUUAAAGGAAAAGGGAUGUCAGAAUGGUGGUGGACUACUGCACGCGCCGACUACAACUGUCUGACUGAUAUUAUAGAACAAAUCGAUUCAAAAAUAUCAAGCGUCGUGUUAUUAUCAUUUUCCGUCAAUCUUUAUUUCAUCUGCAUUCAGCUUCUUCAUUCUUUCACAUUGAAGUCGACACCUCUUCAUACGAUAUACUUCACCUUUUCUUUCGGCUUUCUAAUAUUAAGAGCAUCGAUGGUUUCAUUAUUUGCUGCUAAAAUUCAUGAAGAAUCAAAUCUACCCUCCUCGGUUGUUCUGCAGGAAUCCCAAAUUUAUUUAAUCAUUGCCAAACAUGGUAAAACUGUUUUGUAUAGUAAUGCUCUUACAAUGUACUGUUAA